AACAGCUGAUUUUACGAAAAAAAGCCGAGAAAAGGGAGAAAUAGUGUGGCCCAGGAUCAGUUCAUUUCAACAAAAAAAAUGGAGAAUUCAGGUUCCAAACAGCACAAGGAUGAAAUCAGCAUGAAGCAUUCAAAGUCUCCCUUCAAUCUGAUUGUGAACCAGAUUUGGAGGAAUAAAUCUUUUUCCGAGAGAUGGCCACAAUCUUCAAUGGCUCGCUUCUUUAAAAUCACUGAGAAUUCUAAUGAAGCUGCCUGUGUGACAGAAAAGUGGAAGGAAGGAAAAACCUCACUGGAUUCAGAAAAUAAAGAGAAUGUUUCAAAGAUAUCAGAUGAAUUGAAGCCCACAGAUCCCGAGAACAGUGCAGCAAGAUGGGAUCAAGUCGUCGAGUUCAUGGAGAGGCUGGGCAAGGAGCCAAAUCAUAAAUGUAUGGAUCUUAAUAACAGCAGCCUCACUGCUAAUGAUGCAGUUAAUUUGGCUGCCUUGUUGCCAAACCUGCCUAACUUGGAGGAACUGGAUCUUUCAUGGAAUGAAUUAAUUGGUGGAACACUCAAAGUGCUGACCAAUCAUAUGCAGCACAUACCCCAGCUGAGGGUACUGGUGCUGGGCAGCUGUAGACUGUCAGAGCUGGAUCUUUCUGCCAUAGGUGACUGGAUUCAACUCUUACCAAAUGUUGAAGAAAUUGAUUUAUCUUGGAACAGUGAUUUGGGAGGAAAUCUGUGUCUCUUUACCCAGAAGCUCAGAGCAGGCACUAAGCUAAAGAUUCUAAAGCUGAUAGAUUGUAACCUAACUGCAGAAGAUGGGAUAGCCUUGGGACAGGCUUUGUCUGUAAUCUCAGAAUUGGAAGUCUUGGAUCUCUCUAUGAAUGAAGAUGUGGGAAGUGGUCUGGAAGUCUUAUUUCAGGAGCUGGAGCACGUACCUCAUCUGCAAGUAUUAAAGUUGCACCUGUGUGGAUUAAAAAGGGACAACAUCAAUAAUUUGGGUGAUGCACUGGAAUAUGUGCCUUGUAUGAAGAAGUUAGUGUUCUCCUGUAAUAACAUUGGCGGUGGUUUCCAGGAGACAGCAGCCCAUUUAUCGAACUUCAAACAGCUCCAAGUGUUCGAUGUACAUAGGUGCUCAUUGACUGAAGAUGAUGUUUCUGCUCUCACCCAGAUACUGCCCCUGCUAUCCAGUCUACAAGUGCUGAAUUUAGCAUUGAAUAAGAAUAUAGGAAACUCUCUGAGGCACCUGAUAGCCCGCCUGCGCUUUUUACCAAGAUUAACAACUCUUGUUGCCAGCAAUUGUAACCUAUCCAAGGAAUCAAUUGUGGAAUUAGUUGGUAUGGGCAUGGGUUUGGAAGGUGCUGAUAAGGAGCCUUAUCUUGUGGUACAUCUUGAUGGUGCACACAGUUAUUACUGA